ACGGACCAUCCUCAGCCUCGAUCACGUGAUCACCUAUCAGCUUUAACAGCCAGUGUGUAAAUAAUAACUUUUCUUCAGUUUGAUCUGAUUCAUUUUGUGUUAUACUGCUUGUAAGAACGAUAAGAGCAUGCUUCACAGCUUUAUAUUAUUUUGGCAAGUUGUUUUAACAUUGGAAUAUAGUAAAAAGGGAAGGAAGUACUGUAAUAAUAUUGACAUUUUUGUUCAACAGGACAUUGAAAAGACAUUAUUAUAUAUAUUAUCAAGUUUAUGAAAUGUUUUCGUUAUUAUCCAUUUUAAACUGUCACAGCGACGCUGAUGGUAGCGUCGCGGGCGCCUUAGACCCGAGCAUUUUUUUUAUUGAUAUGUUUUAUCGUUAAAAUGGUAUUUUAUAUUGUAUGUUGACUGUUAAGUACUCGCUCCUUAUUGCGAGCUAAUAAUUACGCCCGACGCCGUUCGGAGACGAUCCGGGAAGACGUGAGGAGCUUCCACCAGAUUAAAGUCGUUCGUCGACCUUGAUCAUCUUGCAAUGGACUCAUACACCGGUACAAAGUUGAUCCAAAUGAGAUUCCGGUGGAACAACAGGCGGGCUCGACCCUCCCUCUCAUGGAAAUACCCGGUCGGGAUAUUGAGGCAGACGAGGACUAUAACCCCUUCGACCACAGAAAACUGGCUCACCCCACUUCGGACAUGGAUACUCUUAUCCAUUUGCUCAAGGGAUCGUUGGGUAGUGGUAUAUUGGCCAUGCCCAUGGCCUUCAUGAACGCUGGUCUCUACUUCGGUCUAGUGGCGACCUUCCUUAUCGGUGGCAUUUGCACGUACUGCGUCCACGUGUUGGUCAAAACGUCUCACGAACUCUGUAAGCGGAUACAAAAACCCUCCCUAGGAUUCGCAGAGACAGCGGAGGCCGCAUUCUUAUCAGGACCACCAGCUGUUCACAAAUUUUCGAGACUCGCCAAAGCUAUAAUAAAUUGGUUCCUCGUAGUGGACUUAUUGGGCUGCUGCUGCGUCUACAUCGUAUUUAUUUCAACAAACGUUAAGCAAGUAGUAGACUUCUAUGCCGAGAAAAGUGACUGGCUCCACCACGACUUGGAUUUGCGUAUAUACAUGGUUGCGUUGCUUCCGUUCCUCAUUGCAAUGAACCUCAUUAGGAAUCUCAAGUAUCUGGCACCGUUCUCCAUGAUUGCGAAUCUUUUAGUCGGAACCGGGAUGGGCAUCACCUUCUAUUACCUAUACCAAGAUAUUCCAAGCAUCAGUGACCGUAAACCCUUCGCUGGAUUCGAGCGCCUUCCUACUUUCUUUGGUACCGCUAUCUUCGCUCUUGAGGGUAUUGGCGUCGUGAUGCCAUUAGAGAAUAACAUGAAAACACCUACUCACUUCAUCGGCUGCCCCGGAGUCCUGAAUACUGGCAUGUUCUUCGUAGUCUCCCUUUAUGCCAUUGUAGGAUUCUCUGGAUACCUCAAAUACGGUGAUGCAACUGGAGCUAGUAUUACUUUGAACUUGCCCCAAGACGAAGUGUUGGGCCAGAGUGUGAAAUUGAUGAUCGCUGUUGCUAUCUUCUUCACGUACAGUCUUCAGUUUUACGUCCCCAUGGAAAUCAUCUGGAAGAACGUUCGUCACAUGUUCGGCUCCAAGAAGAAUAUUGCUGAGUACAGCAUCAGGAUCGGCAUCGUCAUCAUGACCCUCUGCACUGCCAUUGCCAUCCCAAACCUGGGCCCGUUCAUCUCGUUGGUUGGCGCCGUCUGCCUCUCCUUCUUGGGUCUCAUUUUUCCAGCAGUCAUCGAAACCGUCACCUUUUGGGACCGACCCAACGGUCUCGGUCGUUUCAACUGGGUCCUUUGGAAGAACCUUUUCUUAAUCUGCUUCGGUAUCCUCGGCUUCCUCACAGGUUCCUAUGUUAGUAUUUUAGAUAUAAUCAAGGGUGAAGACUAACCCGAAAGACUAAGAUAGAUUAAGGCUCAAAUUGGGUUUUUAAGGGCUAAGUUUUAUGUGUAAUUUGCUUUUUAGUUUCAUUAUAUCAUAUUAAAGUAUUCUUUUAGAGUUUCUAGUAGCAGCGAGCUCAUCGAGGCUCGAUUGUUAGUAUUUUUCUUUUAUUAGUAUUAUACCCAAUAAAAAUCGUAGUUUGCGCGAAGCGGGUUGUGUUUUAUUAUGAUUAUAUUUAGCCCCGAAUCUCUGUAGCCAUAGAUGUAAGCUAAUGUAGAUAUCCAACUUUAUACAUGUGUGAGAAAUUUCUAGUGCAUUAUCGAAAUGUGAUAAAAUAUUAGGUUACGUGAGAGCUAUUAUCAUUGCUAUCUAUAUAAAAAUAUUAAAAAUGAUACUUUCCUUAAAAGUUGACAACGAGUAACAAUUUGAAAUAUUUUGGAUUCUUUUGAAUUUUUUUGUAAAACUGAUCAUAUUGUGAUUAAGGCAUACUGAAAGCAUUUACAUAUUUUGUAUGGUCGAGUGACUGAUUACACUAGCCAAUAAAAUGUAAUGUUACUUAUGAAGUGAGGACAAAAUUUAUAUAGAUAUAUAAAUAUAAUGUGUAUUUUUAUGAUAAAGCUUGCGUUGACGUUUGUUAGGUACACGAAUUGUGAUAAUGAAAGUUAAUAGUAAUGUAAUUUUAUCAUUUGGCAUAAAAAUUUACAACUUCGAAUAUAUAACACAAAACAAUGAAGAGAUAUCAAAUACUCUGACAAAAUAUACUGUCUUUGAUGUUACAUCUGACGCGUUGGAUCAUUGGGCAUGACUGCUAUUCUUAACGUAAAAUUUAUGAAAUAUACCAAAUAUUUGUUGGCUUUGAGAUUUAGAAUAAAAAAUUAAAUUUAAUAUUUUAAUAUCGACAUCAAUUUAAACAGUUAUAGGAAAGUUAUGAAGCACUUUAUAUAUAUAUAUUUGUAUGACCUUGUGAUAGGUAUUACGCAUGCUAAUGUAUUUAGUAUAUUGUUGUGUUUUAAAUUAUAUGUAUUUUUAUACAUGAAUUGUAUAAGGUGAUGAAAAUUCUCGGUUUGGGUCCUUUUGCCUGAGAGUAGUACGUAAUUUAUGCACCGAAGUUACUGUAAACUUUCCUACCGUGUAUAUUAUUGUUUCAUUGACAAAAUAAUAAUAUACUUGAUAUAGGAUUGUCUUAUAAAAUGUUCUUUUAAUUUGUAAUUUUUCCUUAAGCACUUUUUUUUAAAUUACUCUAAAUAUAACAAAGUGUACUGUGUGAUUUCGACGUUUAUUUGCAACAAAGGCUAUAAUUCCUUUCGGUCCGCGAAAAACAUUAUAAAUCAAUAGAAACAUUUCUCUUGAUGAACCUACGAAGUAUAAUUUGUUAUAAUCGGUGCAAGUACAUCAUCUCAUAUAGUGUCGAUUGCGGCUGAGCCGAAUAAAAACGUUAUGUCUACAUAUAUUAAGCCUCAAAAAUUAUAAAAAUACAGCUAACAAGAUGGUUUUGUAUGUCAAUUCAUUGAGCAUCUACUCUUUCGUAAAACUUAUCUACUGUAACUAUUGAGUUAACAAAUAGAACCUGCAACGUAAUUAUAUUUAACACGUAAAUAUUAAGGUUUUCUUAUUUUAAGAACAUUAUUCCUAUGUAAUAUUUUUUGAGGUGGCGUCCGCCUUUCGAAAAAGUAGUGAUUGUUUUGUUACAGUAUUAAAUAAAUCAAUUUAAGGGAA